AUGAAGCAAUGCGGUGCCGGCUGUGCUGCUUGCCUGUCAACAGCUCUCCCUACCUCACUGAGCAAGAGAGGAGAGAACAGUUUGGCCAAGCGCGUGCUAGUUUCACCAGAUGAUCCUAAAUUCAACGGGAACACCGGGGAGUUCUUGGUGGAUCAGUACCUAUUUGCGAAAUGGGUUCCACUUGGAGAUCGGGAUAAUACGCAAUUCUCCACUGGACUAUUCGAGCCACUAGCGAAAACAGCCUUCAACAUGGCCGUCAGGGGUCUGUGGGGAUGUACUUCCGUGGUUGUGAUGUCGCAGAAAGGCGUGUACAUGACUCAUCACUGGGAAGCACCUUCAUUCAGUCCAGGAAACUGGCAAGUUGGGUCAGAUGAAACGUUCAAGCGGGAAGUUCUCGACCAACUUGAAAACGGAACACCGGAUAUUCCCAGUUUGACCCAAUAUGCUGGAGCGGGCAAGCCAUUUGACCCCAAGUUGUAUCGAACGGCUGCCUUCGUCGUAAGGCCCGGCAGUUCAGGGAGAGAUGAUUAUGACAAGGGAUAUAACGACAAGAUUGACUUGCUUCUGGAAAAGGUACACAGCAUUUUGGGUACAACACAGCCCCCAAUUCAGAUUGCCUAUCAUCGCAGCGGUGGUGACGAUGUCUUGUCUCCUAUCGGAAAGGGUCUUUUUCAAUAUGAUCCUGUCCAAGCCCGGCCCGAUGCCCCCGGUGGAUGCCCGCAACAACAGGCUAUAGAGAGAUUUUGGCUUGAGAUGAGGCCCAUCUAUGUGUACCAGAAAUACUGGUAUGCUUGGGACGAUCAAAAGGUUCCUCUGGUCGGUGGGAGUAGCAACCAGAAACGGGACUGUCCUAAGGAGACUCCAGGUGCACCAGGGCCUCCUAUUCCGACUGGUGGUGGCACAGGAAGUUCCGGUUCUAGCUCUUCUGCUCCUCAUUCUUCAACUCCUAUUAUCCCGUCUGGAAGCACUUCUUCAAGCACCUCGUUAAGUCGCCCAUCGACUGUUGUGCCUUCUCCUUCCACCCCUAUUAUUCCAUCUGGAAGCCCUUCCUCAAGGACUUCGACAAGUACCUCGUCAAUUCGUCCAUCAAGUCGCCCAUCAAGUGUUGUACCUCAAUCUUCGACCUCUAUUAUUCCAUCUGGAAGCACCAUUCCAAGUCGUCCGUCAAGUCAUCCAUCAAGUCGUCCAUCAAGUCGUCCAUCAAGUCGUCCAUCAAGUCGUCCAUCAAGUCGCCCAUCAAUUGUUGUACCUCCAUCUUCGACUCCUGUUAUCCCACCUGGGCGCCCUUCUUCAAGCACUUCGACAACUACCUCAUCAACUCGCCCAUCAGUAGUGGUGCCUCCAUCUUCGACUCCGUUGCUGCCAGUGUCCUCUUCUAGCACUGUGCCCGCCUCGUCUCCGUCACCAACUGCUCAGAUAGUGAUAGCCUACUUCACUCAAGAGUUUUCAUCUGAGUGGAUGGUAUUCACGCCAGAUAUUGGGUCAAACACUGAUCUGUGCGGCGAUUCCCCUGGUGACUGGAGUGCCAGCGGGGAUAUCUCUCUGGACAAUGUACCGUACCCCACCAGCGAUGACUUUGACUUUGACAUCAACGAUAUCAGUGGUUGUUCGUACAAUAGCGCAAGUGAUGGCCCCGGCACGCUGAGUUGCCCAGGCUGGUCUUCUGAUGUGCAGUGCACCGAUAAUGUGGAUACCAGCGAGGUUACGUGCUAUGAUGUGGACUCACCGGCCAUGCUUUCACAAAAGGUACUUUGCCAGUGGGGUUAG